AGAAAAAGACUAUCGAAGGUCAACUAAUUGUUUGUCGGCUCGGGAAAAGACUCGAAGGUACAACUCAUUGAUACCAGGAAUCGCCACUGCCAAGGCGAUGCGUCCUAUGCUGGGGGCCACGUUCAGGCUAUGCUCAUAAUCAGAGUCGUAUGGAGACGUACGGUAAGUCUAUCUCGGUCGUGCAUUGGCUGAUACUCGUUCAAGCCGUCGACGGCGUGCACGGCGCAGUGUGCUCUGGCGCUAUGUACCCGUCCUUUGGCGCGCUGUGCACUCGUCGUCGCCGGCAUCGCCUUGCACGGUCGACCAUUCCAUCAGGCGUUGUCCCUAGGCUCAAAUACUUGCUUCCGAGUCGUCGAUCCCCCAAUCACAGUCGGUCAAUCGUUGUCGCAGAGCCUUGCCGACCCGCGCCAAGGUCCGCGCUGUCGUGGGACGAGUGCCUCCGGGAUGGGAAAAGAACAUGGGCGCCAUGCGCUGGCCGCGCCAGGUGAUCCUGCGCAAAUGGCUGGAUAUUCUGAGGUGA